CAGAGGGUCCCGGGAUGGGCUCGGGGGGUCCCGGGAUGAGUGCCGAGGUCCUGGCGUGGGCCCCGGGGUAAAUCCCGGGGUAAGUCCCGGGGGUCCGCGGGGGAAGCCGAGUCUCGGGAGCCGCCCCGUGCCCGCAGGCCGAGAAGAAGGCCAAGGUGAUCGCCGUGAUGAACGUGGUGGAGGAGCCGGCGCGGGCCGAGGCGCAGAAGGAGGAGGAGGCCAGCCCGCCGCCCGGGCCGCAGCAGCCCACCGACCCCGCCUCGCCCAGCGUGGCCACCACGCCCGAGCCCGCCGUGGCCGAGGCGGGCGACAAGAACGCCUCCAAGUCGGCCGACGACGAGCCCGAGUACGAGGACGGCCGCGGCUUCGGCAUCGGCGAGCUGGUGUGGGGCAAGCUGCGCGGCUUCUCCUGGUGGCCCGGCCGCAUCGUGUCCUGGUGGAUGACCGGCCGCAGCCGCGCCGCCGAGGGCACCCGCUGGGUGAUGUGGUUCGGCGACGGAAAGUUCUCGGUGGGGUGCGUGGAGAAGCUGCUGCCCCUGAGCUCGUUCGCCAGCGCCUUCCACCAGGCCACCUACAACAAGCAGCCCAUGUACCGCAAGGCCAUCUACGAGGUGCUGCAGGUGGCCAGCAGCCGGGCCGGCAAGAUCUUCCCUGCGUGCCCCGAGAACGACGAGACAGACACGUCCAAGGUGGUGGAGAUCCAGAACAAGCAGAUGAUCGAGUGGGCCCUGGGCGGCUUCCAGCCCUCGGGCCCCAAGGGGCUGGAGCCCCCCGAAGAGGAGAGGAACCCCUACAAAGAAGUUUACACGGAGAUGUGGGUGGAGCCCGAAGCAGCCGCCUACGCGCCGCCCCCGCCCGCCAAAAAACCCCGGAAAAGCACAACCCAGGAGAAGCCCAAGGUCAAGGAGAUCAUCGACGAGCGCACCCGAGAGCGGCUGGUGUACGAGGUGCGGCAGAAGUGCAGGAACAUCGAGGACAUCUGCAUCUCCUGUGGGAGCCUCAACGUGACCCUGGAGCACCCUCUGUUCAUCGGGGGGAUGUGCCAAAACUGCAAGAACUGCUUCCUGGAGUGUGCAUACCAGUACGACGACGAUGGCUACCAGUCCUACUGCACCAUCUGCUGUGGUGGCCGUGAGGUCCUCAUGUGUGGCAACAACAACUGCUGCAGGUGCUUCUGCGUGGAGUGCGUGGACCUGCUGGUGGGCCCGGGGGCGGCGCAGGCGGCCAUCAAGGAGGACCCCUGGAACUGCUACAUGUGCGGCCACAAGGGCGUCUACGGGCUGCUGCGGCGGCGGGAGGACUGGCCCUCGCGCCUGCAGAUGUUCUUCGCCAACAACCACGACCAGGAGUUUGACCCCCCGAAGGUGUACCCGCCGGUGCCCGCUGAGAAGAGGAAGCCCAUCCGGGUGCUCUCGCUCUUCGAUGGCAUCGCCACAGGCUUGCUGGUGCUGAAGGACCUGGGCAUCCAGGUGGACAGGUACAUCGCCUCCGAGGUGUGCGAGGACUCCAUCACCGUGGGCAUGGUGAGGCACCAGGGCAAGAUCAUGUACGUCGGGGACGUCCGCAACGUCACCCAGAAACACAUACAGGAGUGGGGCCCCUUUGAUCUGGUCAUUGGGGGCAGCCCCUGCAACGACCUGUCCAUCGUCAACCCGGCCAGGAAGGGUCUCUACGAGGGCACUGGGCGCCUCUUCUUUGAGUUCUACCGCCUGCUGCACGAAGCCCGGCCCAAGGAGGGCGACGACCGGCCCUUCUUCUGGCUCUUUGAGAACGUGGUGGCCAUGGGGGUGAGCGACAAGAGGGACAUCUCGCGCUUCCUGGAGUCCAAUCCCGUCAUGAUUGAUGCCAAAGAAGUGUCUGCAGCACACCGGGCACGGUACUUCUGGGGAAACCUGCCCGGCAUGAACAGGCCGCUCGCGUCCACCGUCAACGAUAAGCUGGAGCUGCAGGAGUGCCUGGAGCACGGCAGGAUAGCAAAGUUCAGCAAAGUGCGAACCAUCACCACCCGCUCCAACUCCAUCAAGCAGGGCAAGGACCAGCACUUCCCCGUGUUCAUGAACGAGAAGGAGGACAUCUUGUGGUGCACGGAGAUGGAGAGGGUCUUUGGCUUCCCCGUGCACUACACGGACGUGUCCAACAUGAGCCGCCUGGCCCGGCAGAGACUGCUCGGCAGGUCCUGGAGCGUGCCGGUGAUUCGCCACCUCUUCGCGCCCCUGAAGGAAUACUUUGCCUGCGUUUAGAGAUGGGCAGGAACUGGUCACACGGAGCGAGUCGGAAACAAACCCAUCCACGCCAAGAGAAGAGAACACACACGGAAUGAGAGAAGAGUCAGCACCCAGAAGAGAGACGGGAUUUCGCAGCCCGACGGGAACCCAGCACGCGUCUCCCCGAGCGAAAGGGGUCGGUGUCCUCUCCGGAAUUUCCCAGGAUCAGCUUUAGCUAUUUAAAAACAAACAAAAACCACAAGAAGCAAACGAAAACGAAGAUGGCGAAAGCAAACGAACGACGACGAAACG